GGGGACGUCGGCAUGGGGGCGGGGAGCGGGAUUUCACAUUUUAUUCCAAAUUAUGAUGUAUUCGGGAGCCAGUGUUGGCUUGGAUGGGCGGACAGAGCCCAGUCGGCUGCUGCUCUGUCGGGAGGUCAAUCUGCGCCUCGGUGUUUGAAGGGUUCGUUGGUGAGUGGGAGGCUCUUCCAAGCUCGAAGCUGAGCAGCGCUUGCAGAGGCCCGCGCCUUCCAGCCGGUAGCCGCCGGCUUGGGUUCGCGCCGCACUCCGGCUUCGCCCAUUUCUGGAGAGGAGAAAGAAAAUCGCCCGCAUUGGAUCAAAAUUCGAGGAAGAAUUAUUCCUGUAUUUUCACCAGAGCUCGGCAAAAGGAAGGAAGCCUUUGCAAUUAAUCCAAGACUUCGAUGUGAUCAUAAACUGGACAAUUUAGGCAAAACAAAUUAAACAAAACCCACAGGGGGAAAAAUAAAAGCAAACUAAAUCUGGCUACACCCCUGGAAGCAGUAUCCGGUUGGUUUUUAACCCUCCUUCCCUUUUGCCUUAUUUAUUACUGCAACAAAUUACUAGAAUUCCCCCUAUUCUGCCUGUCUAAACCCCGAAAAAUCAAAAACCAUUUUGUAGGGCUGGUGGAGGGAAAGAUGAAGAAUUUACCCCCUCUAUUUCUCUCUCCCUUACUCACUUUACUUACCCUAACUUACUUACUUACUUUCGUUCUUUCUUUUAUUCUUUCUGUUAGAAGGGAGGGGGGAAAAGGACCUGAAUUUAUCAGACACCUACCCACCCCCAAUCCGGACUCCAUUCCUUAAGGGAAAUAGAGCCCUUGGAAUCUGGUUCUGGUUUCGCUUUGGGCUGGAGGUGGGUAGAUCGGGGUCAGGAGAGUUCCUGGAGGAGGGGGUUGGACUUGGUGUUCUGCCCCACAGAUCAGGGCCUGGAGAGACUGACUAUUCACCUUCCCGGACACAUACCCCCCACCCAUCCACGUCUGGCCAGGGAGACCCUUAUGCACUGUGGCCAGGGCUUGGCUCCGGUUGCAGGGUAAACUGCGUAGACACGUCCAUGCUUAGAAAACAAAUUUGACCAUACCAAACCAGUCCGAUCCCAUUUGGAGGGUACGAAAAUGUUCUGGGCAGCCUGCCGGGAGGGGUUGUUGUUGUUGGACUAAAUAGUUAUUCCUGAUUGGUUAGGCGUAGUGUUCAUUUUUAAGGGGAGUGGGGAAGGCUCCAAACACCUGCAGGUUGGGGGCGGAAAGCAGUUCGUGAUUCUAUGGGCUGGUUGGUGGGGGACAUGAGGUAACUCCCAGCCAUUGACCCCCAUUUCUCUCUCGCCCUCCCUUUUUCUCUCCACCCCCAUCGUUCCUGGAAACUCGCUUUGGGCGCGGCAGACCGGCCAGGACCACGCCGCAGUCCAACUAACUGCUAGUCUUUCUGCGAGAGAGGGGGAAAGCAAAGACCCCUGGCCACAACCUUGACCCCUCUCCUCCUGCGGAGGAGUGAAGGUCCUGUUCAGAGGGGCCAGUCUCUCUAAAUAUGCCCCAGGAUGACCGAGCGGCCGCCGAGCGAGGCGGCACGCAGUGACCCCCCGCUAGAGGGACGGGAAGCGGCCGAGGCCCGCAUGGCCCCCCCGCACCUGGUCCUGCUGAACGGCGUCACCAAGGAGACAAGCCGCGCGGCCCCAGCCGAGCCCCCGGUCAUCGAUCUGGGUGCUCGCGGCGGCCCGGGGGGCGGCCCUGCCGGUGGGGGCGGCGCUACGAGAGACUUAAAGGGCCGAGACGCGGCGGCGGCCGAAGCGCGCCAUCGGGUGCCCACCACCGAGCUGUGCAGACCUCCUGGUCCCGCCCCGGCCCCCGCGCCCACCUCGGCCCCAGCGGAGCUGCCAGGCGACGGCCGCAUGGUGCAGCUGAGCCCGCCCGCGCUGGCGGCCCCCGGCGGCCCCGGCCGCGCUCUGCUCUACAGCCUCAGCCAGCCGCUGGCUUCGCUCGGCAGUGGGUUCUUUGGGGAGCCUGAUGCCUUCCCCAUGUUCACCACCAACAAUCGAGUGAAGAGGAGACCCUCUCCCUACGAGAUGGAGAUUACAGAUGGUCCCCACACCAAAGUAGUGCGGCGGAUAUUCACCAACAGCCGGGAGCGAUGGCGGCAGCAGAACGUGAAUGGGGCAUUUGCUGAGCUCCGCAAGCUGAUCCCCACGCACCCCCCGGACAAGAAGCUCAGCAAAAAUGAGAUCCUCCGCCUGGCUAUGAAGUACAUCAACUUCCUGGCCAAGCUGCUUAAUGACCAGGAGGAGGAGGGCACCCAGCGGGCCAAGCCUGGCAAGGACCCCGUCGUGGGGGCGGGCGGAGGCGGGGGUGGGACAGGGGUUGGUGCUCCUCCAGAUGACCUCCUGCAGGACGUGCUUUCUCCCAACUCCAGCUGUGGCAGCUCCUUGGACGGGGCAGCCAGCCCGGACAGCUACACGGAGGAGCCGGCACCCAAGCACACGGCCCGCAGCCUCCAUUCUGCCCUGCUGCCCGCCAGUGAUGGGGCCGGCCCCCGGUGAUGGGUCUGGGGCCACCCAGGACCAGCCGGGAGAGGACCCCUAGGCCACUGGGAUGGUGGGCUUUAGGGAAAGUGGGAUGAGAAACAGGGCAAUGGACUUUAUGAAAUUCCCUUGUGCUCUGAACUUUGGGAAGCCCCAAGGCUGGCUUUUCCCUUUCCUGCUCAAUAGAACAGGAAAACGGAUCAAAGUGGUAGGUACUUUUUUCUGAAGAUGGCACGGUCUUCCCCCUCCCUGAAACCCUAAGACUUCCUAAGAGAGAGGCUCAAAUGUCACUGCUUUUGGCCUGGAGUUUGGAGCCCUGUCUUGGCUGACACCUGAAGUUGUCUGCUGUGUCAUCUGGGGUAUCCAGCAGUCUCUGCCUUGCCAUUAGCCCCUCCCAAGCUGGUUGGAUGGCUUUUGUGGCUGCUUCUGUCCAAAUAUAUAGGUACCCAAUGGCUGCCCAUUUCUUGAGCCCUGUCUUCACCCAGGCCCAUGUUGAUCCAUCCAGCUUGCCAGCUGCUGCGGAGAGUCACAAGCCUUGAGGUGCCUUCUUCAUGGCCUGGUUGAAGAAGUUGGCCAUUUUGGACAGCCUGCUCCUGACUAGCUGGGCCAGAGGGUCAGGAAACCCAAUAGCCCUUACUUCUUGCCCCGGGGAUCAAAGUUCUUUCUCUCCACUGAGACUUGCCUUCCUAUCCUGUGGCUGUGGAGAUGGAGUCUACAGCCUUGAGCAUGCCCUGUUGGGCCUUGUGUGAAGGCAGAGAAAGGGAAAAUGAUAAGAGAGUGAAAAUGAGCAAGAGAUUUUGGGCAUGUGGGGUUCAGCUCCUGCAUGUUACUUUUUGAGCAAAUGCCAGUGUGCUGAUGGGCACCUGUUGGUGCUGAAAAGGAAAGUGCAGCCUCAUGCACAUUCUCCUAGAUGCUUAGAGGGUGUUCCCUGCUGCAAGAUGUCUGCUAAAUGAUCUGGUCUUUCUUCUGAAUGAAUUGAGCACAAACUGUCCUAUGAAUUAUUUGUAUUUAAGAUUUUUUUUCUUGAUUCAGUUAUUGGUGAAAUCUUUAGGUCUGGAUAUGACCCAGGACACAGCCCCACUUCUAGGGCAUGGGAAAUCCAAUCAGACACCAGGCCCUGGCUAAACAUAUGCAUAUUCAUCUAGCAGAACUUUAAAUACCGUGUGAUUGUGCAGCUUUUUGUCAUUAAAGGCGUGCAGGGGAGGCUGGUUUAAUACAAUACGAGUGUCCCCUCCAAAAGUUGUACAUGGCAUUUUUGUAAAUCAAAUCCUUAUUCUUCAUCUUUUAAAGAAAUAACUACUGCAAGUUCUUUUGUAAAGUGAAGAAUCCUUUUGUAGUGUGAAUGACUGCCCCUUUGUUUAUCCCUGUGUCCAUCCAGGUGGUGGGACAUAGUUUUCUGCCUGUGAUACAUUUCUAAGCCCAUGAAACAAACUACACAGAAGUCCUCUGUAUUUGUCAUUGUACUUUAAGUCACCCGGCCCUCUCCCACCAGGCUCUGCCUUUGAGGUCAGAGAAAAUAUCCUGUCAUGUAAGAACCCAUCAGUCUGGCUGUUGGAAAUCGCCUUUCCUGUUCUGAGUUUCAGCCCAGCAGCUUGCCCCGUGCUGUGAUGAGGCCCUAUGCAGGAAAAAAAAAAUGAUCCUGGCUCCCCUCCUUUCCUUUUAAGUUGUGAGGUCCAGUUCUUGGGCAUGGGAACAGUAUGGUUAAUCAUUGAAGCACUCUGACUCUCUAUGUCAUUCCAAACACCCCAAAUUGUAUUUUGAUAAACAUUAGGAUUGGUUCCUUGCCAAUGCUUAGAAGUUUCUGUGAGGAGUCUCACCCAUGUAAAAAUGGAGCAACUGUCCUGGGCUCUAAGACUGUGUUUGCUUCUCAGUGGAUUAACUUGACGUGGGAAUGAAAAGUGGUCAUGUGUGGAUGUGUGGUUGAAUGACUGGGUUUUGUGAGAUGGUUCACACAUUCUAUUGGGAAUUCUUAAGAAUCCAGUUCCCCUUUCUCUUAGACUUGUAAUGUGACUGGGAUAAGGUACCCACGUGUCACUUUCUCAUUAAUACCCUGGCUUGGUCUGUCUCCUAGGGCAGCUGUGUGGAUCGAAUGCAGUUGUGAAACUGGAAGAGUUUUGAGACCACAAAGAGCUCUGUUGCUAGCUGGGGGUGUAGCUCAGUGGUAGAGCACUUGCUUAGCAUGCUCAAGGUCCUGGAUUCCAUCCCCAGAACUGGGGAAAAAAAAAAAACCAUCUCUGUUGCCCUCAGUACCAGUCCUUCUGUGGGGUUCCCAGCCUGAGUCUAGGCCUGGGCAGUGAACAAGUAGGUCAUUUAAAUUAUACUCCACUUUUGCUUGAGUUAUGCAGACCCUCUUCAUUUCUCCAGAUUGUCUGAAUUUCUGUCUCAUUCCAAGGAAAGGGACGGGAGUGAGAGCAGAAAAGAGAUUUGGGAGCAUGGGCAGACUAUGUAAAAAUCUGAUGGGGCUGCCCAAAGAAGCCUGGACAGGGAAGAGCAUGGCUUUAGGUCUUUGUAAGAACUAAAGAAAACCUACAUUUUCUGUUUCCAUCUUCUGUUCUCCAGGCCCUUCUUUUUCUUUGCCUCCUUCUUGCCCAUGAAGAAAUAGCACACUCCAAGAAUAUCUGUAUGAAAAGGAAAAAAAGUGUAAAGGUCAACAUUUUGAGGAGAACAAAGAUGAAUGUAACUAGAGGGAAUCCCAUCUGUUAAGAACUCAUACUGUUUUAUUUGUAGUGGCAAAUGACAAGAUGGUACAAUCUUUAUCCUUUUCUAAAAAUAAAGCAAAGGGCACAACAUCUGUAGUCAGCCGACAGCUGUAUCGGCUGUUUGGGCGGGUCUCUCCGUACUUGUGAUUUCAGUGGUACGUGACCCUCUGCGGCUUGCCCCUGCCCGUGUACAUAGCGCAGUGUUUCUGUGGGCGGGCCCAGCACUUUUGGUCAAUGUUGUACUGUAUGUGAUGAAUUUCGUUGGUCUCUGCAUUUUUUCUGCAGAAGAGGAGUAACCACUCCGGGUACCUUGACCUUUUUGUACAGCCCAGAGGCCAACACUGUGGGUUUGUGACUAGCAAAAAAAAACAAAAAAACCCAUGUGGUGAUGAUGAUGUG